AUGACGAAAACCAGCAACUUUAAAGACCGAGAAACAGCGCUACUACAUGAACUCUCUGCAUUAUAUACAAAACUAAAUCUAGUGCGUGAUAAACGUGUUAAAGAGGAGCAGAAAAAUGGUGCAGGAGGAGUGAACGUCAAGGAUUUUACAGACAAUGAUGGGAUUAAAGGCUCGAAACGACGUCGUCGAGUACUACUGGUAACUCGGACGUUACCAUUUUGGCUCGUAUCAGAGGACGCACAGUCACAAUGGCGUGCAGAAUUUUCCGAGCACGCAAGUCUUAAUGGAGCAAUUGAGAUUUUUCAGUCUUUGCACGAAAGUUAUGAUUGCGUCUGGAUUGGUUCAGUGCAUGGUGAGAUUGAACCAAAUGAGCAGAAUACGUUGAAGGAACAAUUACUACAAGAUCGUAAAUAUUAUCCAGUCUUUUUGGACGAAAGGAAAGAGCGAUUGUAUUAUCAGGGAUUUUGCAAGACGGUCAUGUGGCCGCUGUUCCAUUCAUGUCCGCCAACGACGGAUGAUCAGCUUACACAGCAUGAAAUGAUGGAGGACGGACAGGAAGAUGACCGUAGUAUGGAAAAGAUGUGGCAGGCGUAUGUUGCGGUGAACCAGGCGUUUGCAGAUGCAGUGCAAGAAGUUUAUGAAGAAGGCGACUUGGUUUGGAUCCAGGGAUACCACUUGACGCUUGUACCUCAAAUGGUCCAGAGUUUGUUUCCAAAUGACAAUAUCUGUAUGGGCUUCUUUAUGCACAUUCCAUUUCCAUCUGCAGAGUUGUAUCGGAUACUAAACAACCGCGAAGAAAUCUUGACUGGUAUAUUGGGUGCUGAUCUAAUCGGGUUUCAAACGCACGAAUACGCCCGUCAUUUCCAAAGCGCAUGUGUUCGGUUGCUUGGUCUCGAAAGCAGCCACAAAGGCGUGGAUUUCAACGGGCAUUUCGCGCGUGUAACAAUUUGCCCAGUGGGAAUUGAUGCCAAUAAGUAUACUUCAAUGGUGCAAUCAGACACAGUUCAGGAGCAAAUAAAGCAAUUGACAAGUCAAUUUGCCGGAAAAAAGGUGAUUCUGGGGAUGGAUCAGCUAGACCAAACGAAAGGACUUGUUCAUAAGUUAUUGGCGGUUGAGGAAUUGUUUACCCAAAAACCAGACCUCGCAAAACAAGUGGUAUUCUUGCAGAUUGUUACGAGCCCAUCAGUGUUUGAGCCGGCUCUAGAAUCGCAAGUUGAGUCACUUGUGUCCCGUAUUAACAGCAAGUUACAAGAUAUUGGCACUGAAGGCCCUGUGCAGUAUCUGAAUAAAGAAAUUGCCGUGGAGGCUCUGCUCGCAUUGUAUGCCUUGGCUGACGCGCUAGUGAUCACGCCUGUCCGUGACGGUAUGAACACUAUACCAUUCGGAUACAUCGUUUGCCGUGAGGCCGCAAACAAGCAUGCUCGUGUGAUCCUCAGUGAGUUUGCAGGCUGUGCCCAAUCAUUGGCCAAAGCGCGACUCGUGAAUCCAUGGAAUACUGAAGAACUGAUGGGUGCGUUGCUAGAGUCCCUCCAAGACACUGACGAAGUGAUACGUGCUCACCAGCACAUGUUUAGCUACGUAAGUUCCUUCACGUCGAGGCAUUGGGCAGAUUGUUUCCUGGAGCAGCUUCAUGAAUGCCGCGAAGAGAACGCGGUGUUCGUAUCAGGACGCGAGCUAAGUCGUCGCGAUAUGACCUCAGCUUACUCUCGGUCGUCGCGCCGGCUGAUUUUGAUUAAUUAUGAAAGUGUGCUUGCAGUUGAGGCGUCAAUUCCGGAACUAGCAUACCCGCCACAAGAACUUAUCUGGCAGCUGUCUAUGCUCACGACCGAUCCGCGUAACACUGUUGUCCUUGUGAGUGCACGUAGUACCUCAAUUUGCGAGCAGUGGUUUGCUGGUCUCUCAGGAAACCUUGUUCUUGCAGCGGAGUAUGGUGUAUACGUUAAGUGGGUUGGCAACAACGAACGUUGGCACUGCUUGGUGCCGGACAUGGAUGUCAGUUGGUGGGAACACAUCGUGCCUUUGCUGGAGUAUUACACAGAGCGUACUCCAGGUGCGUACAUUGAGCGCAAGGAUAGUUCGGUAGCAUGGCACUAUCGCGACUGCGACUUGGACCACGGUCUGUGGCAAGCUAGUGAGCUUUUGGUCUCAUUGCGCGAGAUCACCAGGUCUCUUCCGGUGUCGGUAUAUCCAGGCAAUCGGUAUCUGGAGGUGCGACCAAAGAAGGUUAGCAAAGCUACGCUGUUUGAGCGUAUUUGGGAGUACAUGAAUUGGUCGUCGCUGUUUCCUGAUGAAGAUCCGGUGACAACAGAGUAUUUUGGAGAAGCGGUGUACCCUCCUUCGUCUUCUAUACUACUACCCCGUGGAUUGCGAAACGAAGUGACUGGUGAUGAUGGUCUUACAGCUAGAAAAGAUUCAGAGAGCUCUAGUACUGAGCAAAUAGAUGCUGUGGACGAGAAACACCCAGUCGAUUUUGUCUUAGUAAUCGCGUCGGGUGAUGAUCGAACUGAUGAAGAUUUGUUCGCAUUUCUGGUGCCUCCGCCAAUCGAUCUUGACGCAUAUUCCCGACAACUCGAGAAGGACGACAUGUCGGAUAGUCGAAAGCAGGGGGAAGGAGUGUUACUUCACGAACUCGAUACUGACGAUUCAUCUUCCUCGUUUACUCGACAACAAGAAGAGGGACACAGUAAAAGUGAUAUUGGCUCAUCGAGUUUUGAUGAUAUCAGUGCUGACAUGUCUUACAACACGUCUCGACGACUAGUGGGACAUGGUGAAGGCUCCUUGUUUCUCGCUGCCGGGCGAUCUGGGGAGCGAGAGGGCUUGUCAACUGCGUCGUCGGUCUCGCGACUCCCUUCGCUACCGAGUAAUGCUGACUUUCGGGCGCUGGGUGACAAUAUGCCAAAACAGACACCGCACACGACCUCUUCCGUUUCUGAAGGGAUUUCGAACAUGUUUCCGAUGGUUAACCGACCAUUUGUUACACACCACGACGGGAUCACUGAGAAGAGCAGGCUAACUCGUCGUGACUUUCCACCCUCUGCCGCUUUGUUUAAGGCUAUGAAGGCAAAAUACGGUGAAAAUUUUGGCCUUCAUAGGGUGCCGGAUACUUUGGCGGCGUGUUGGGCACUUAUUUGCCCGCCUACCGCGCGUGGCAAGGGAGAAGACGGUAGAAGUGAGCGGGAAGAGAGAAGUUCAAUUACUGAAAGUCUUUUGACAAUAGAAGGGUUGGAAUUCUCAGCCGCUGGAGAUUUGAAGAAAAAUGCUUCGGUCAAUAACGGCUUGACCGUUUCCCAAUCCACGGUUGUAGGCGACAACGAGGACAACAAUGAAAAUGAGUUUUAUGAAGAGAAGGAAACGGGCGGAAGCGAAUUGCCAGCCAGCCAGACGACUUCAGUGUCUACAGAUGAAGCUGAUGAUGGUCGGUAUCGAUUUCCCGUUAACACAUUUGUGUGCACACUCGGCCGCAAACAUUCUCAAGCGCCAUACUAUAUUAAGAACUCGGGGGAUUUAUUCCAGCUUUUACAAGAGAUGGGCAUGAGCAGUCAUAUUCGCAAGCAGCGUGUGCUUUCUAUGAGCAGCAUUGGCGAUAUUUAA